UGGAGCGGUUAGGAAACCGCUGUAACCGCUCCAGCCGCAGAAGGAGGGAGGCGGAAGGCUCUCUGGAGAGUUAAUGAAACAUUAAGGAGUCAUUUCUGCCGAGGGAAGCCAGUUGAUUCAUGAUGAAGGACGUGAGGAUACUCCUGGUUGGAGAACCCAAGGUGGGGAAGACGUCACUGGUCAUGUCUCUGGUUCGUGAGGAGUUUCCUAAUAAGGUUCCUCUCAGAGUUAAAGAGAUCACCAUCCCAGCUGACAUGACCCCAGAGAGGGUACGCACACACAUCGUGGACUACUCUGAAGCAGAGCAGACUAAAGAGCAGCUCUAUCAAGAAAUCUCCAAGGCCAACGUGAUCUGCAUAGUUUAUUCUGUUAACAACAAGAAGUCCAUUGAAAAGGUGACAAGCCACUGGAUUCCUCUUAUAAACAACCACACAGAUAAAGAGAGCAGGGUACCACUGAUUCUCGUGGGGAACAAGUUGGACCUGGUGGAGCACAGCAGCAUGGAGACCAUCCGGCCCAUCAUGAAUCGGUACCAGGACAUUAAGAUCUGUAUAGAGUGUUCUGCCAAGAACCUGGAGAACAUCUCUGAGGUUUUCUCCUGCGCCCAGAAGGCUGCUGUCCACCCGAUGGGAGAGAAAGCUUUCCUCCUCUUCUGCCCAGAGGAGAAGAAGCUGAAACCUUCCUGCAUUAAGGCUUUAGCUCGGAUAUUUAAGAUCUCCGACCUGAACAACGAUGGGGUCCUGAACGACGACGAACUCAACCUCUUCCAUAUAAUCUGUUUCAAUACGCCUCUGGCACCUCAAGUCUUAGAAGAUGUGAAGGACACGGUGAUGAGGGACUUGAACAACGGAUUGAGAUAUGACGGACUCACCCUCAGAGGCUUCCUCUUCCUGCACACUCUGUCCAUCCUGCAAGGUCUACACGAAACCGUGUGGACGGUGCUGAGGAGGUUCGGAUACAACGACAGCCUGGAGCUCAAGUCGGAAUAUCUGUUCCCUCUGAUAAAAGUCCCUCCAGGCUGCACCACUGAGCUAAACCACAACGCUUACCUCUUUCUGGAGAGCGUCUUUGACAAACACGACAAAGACAGAGACUGUGCGCUUUCCCCAGAGGAAGUGAAGGACCUGUUCAGUGUGUUUCCCUACAUGCCCUGGGGUCCAGAUGUCAACAACACGGUGUGCACCAACUAUAAGGGAUGGAUCACAUACCAGGGAUACCUCUCCCAGUGGACGUUAACAACAUAUCUGGACGUCCAGAGGAGUUUGGAGUAUUUAGGUUACCUCGGCUACUCCAUCAUCUAUGAACAGGACUCCCAAGCUGCUGCUGUUACUGUGACGCGUAAAAAGCACAUCGAUCUGCAGACAAAGCGAACGCAGCGAAGCGUCUUCCGGUGCAACGUGUUGGGGGCGCGCGGCAGCGGGAAAAGUGGCUUCCUGCAAGCUUUCCUCGGCAGAAACCUGCAGAGACGGAUCCGGAGCAGAGAAGACCACAAGUCCAACUAUGUCAUCAGUACGACCUAUGUUGACGAACAGGAGAAGUACCUGCUGCUCCACGAGGUGACGCCAGAUUUCGACAUCCUGUCCGAGCCCGACCUGACCUGCGACGUGGUCUGCCUGGUGUACGACGGCAAUGACCCUCGUUCUUUCGAGUACUGUGCUAAAGUCUACGAGGAAUACUUCAUAGACAGCAGGACGCCCUGCCUCGUGGUCGCUGCCAAGUCCGACCUGGCCGAGGUUGAGCAGCAGUACAGCCAGUCGCCCCUCGACUUCUGCCGCAAGCACAAGCUCCACCCGCCGCAGCCGUUCACCUGCAACACGACCGAGGCUCCCAGUAUGGACCUCUACACCAGACUCACCCACAUGGCCAUGUACCCGCACAUGGCCCAGGCGGACCUGAACAACUCCACCUUCUGGCUCAGGGCCGGCUUCUGUGCCGGCGUGUUCGCAGCGUUGGGCUUCGCCGUGUACAGAGUGCUAAAACACUAGUGAUGGCGCAGCUCGAGACGGCAGCUACUUUCCACUUGGGACCUUUUUGUUCCUUUCUACUAAAAGGAACAAAGAGACUAAAAUAAAAAAAGACUGCCUGAACAAACCAA